GCAGGGCCGCGGGGUGUCGGCAGCAGCUGCAGCCGCCCCUGCCACCCCCUCGACCGCGGCUCCCGGGCGAGCGAGGGUGAGCUGAGCUCGGCGGGCAGCUGCCACCCCGCGCCUCCGUACAGAGCAGAGUGGAGCGGCGGCCCCGGAGAAGGCAAAGUUGCCAGUCUAAGCGCAGACAUGCCGGGCAGCGACACGGCGCUCACGGUGGACCGGACCUACUCGGAUCCCGGCCGGCACCACCGCUGCAAGAGCCGGGUAGAACGCCAUGACAUGAAUACCCUCAGCCUCCCGCUGAACAUCCGCCGAGGGGGCUCAGACACCAACCUCAACUUUGACGUCCCAGAUGGUAUCCUGGACUUCCACAAGGUCAAACUCAGCGCCGACAGCCUGAAACAAAAGAUCCUAAAGGUGACGGAGCAGAUCAAAAUCGAGCAGACAUCCCGCGAUGGAAACGUUGCCGAGUACCUAAAACUCGUCAGCAGCGCGGACAAGCAGCAGGCCGGGCGGAUCAAGCAGGUCUUCGAAAAGAAGAACCAGAAGUCGGCCCACUCGAUUGCCCAGCUGCAGAAGAAGUUGGAGCAGUACCACAGAAAGCUGAGGGAGAUUGAACAGAACGGGGCCUCUCGCAGCUCAAAGGAGAUUUCUAAGGACAGCCUGAAGGAGAUACACCACUCCCUGAAGGAUGCCCACGUGAAAUCUCGAACUGCUCCCCACUGCCUGGAAAGCAGUAAGUCGAGCAUGCCGGGGGUAUCCCUCACGCCCCCCGUGUUUGUCUUCAAUAAGUCCAGAGAGUUUGCCAACUUGAUCCGGAAUAAGUUUGGCAGUGCGGACAACAUCGCUCACUUGAAAAAUUCCCUGGAGGAGUUCAGGCCCGAGGCCAGCACCAGGGCCUAUGGAGGCAGCGCUACCAUCGUGAACAAACCCAAGUACGGCAGUGACGAUGAGUGUUCUAGCGGCACGUCAGGCUCGGCAGACAGCAAUGGGAACCAGUCCUUCGGUCCCGGUGGGGCCAGCACACUGGACAGCCAGGGGAAGCUGGCCAUGAUCCUAGAGGCGCUGAGGGAGAUCAAAGACACUCAAACCCAGCUGGCAGAGGACAUUGAGGCGUUGAAGGUGCAGUUUAAGAGAGAGUAUGGCUUCAUCUCUCAGACUCUGCAAGAGGAGAGAUACAGGUAUGAGAGGCUUGAGGACCAGCUUCACGACCUGACAGAGCUGCACCAGCACGAGACAGCCAACCUGAAGCAGGAGCUAGCCAGCGCAGAGGAGAAGGUGGCCUACCAGGCCUAUGAACGCUCGAGGGACAUCCAGGAAGCCCUGGAAACUUGCCAGACACGCAUCUCUAAGCUGGAAUUGCAUCAGCAGGAGCAGCAGACCCUGCAGACGGAUGCCGUGAACGCCAAGGUGCUGCUGGGGAAAUGCAUCAACGUGGUUCUGGCCUUCAUGACCGUCAUCCUGGUGUGCGUGUCCACCCUGGCCAAGUUCGUCGCGCCCAUGAUGAAGAGCCGCUUCCACAUCCUUGGCACCUUCUUCGCUGUGACUCUCCUGGCAAUAUUUUGUAAAAACUGGGACCAUAUUUUGUGUGCCAUAGAGAGGAUAAUAAUCCCGAGAUGAGCCGCUGGUUCCCGCCUUCACAUCCUCUCAAGUUCUUAUUUUGAAGAAAACUCUGUUGCAGACUACCAAAUUCCUGAAUGAACGGCUGUGCCAAAGAUGGUGAGAAGGACUGAAGCCGUGUGCUGUAAAUAAUUAGCGUCUCCUAACCCGGUAGCAGCUGCCAACGCAGUCCCUGUACGUGGUUAACACAAAACUGCCCCCAGAGUUCUCCCCACAUCGCUCACGGCCUUAAUCAGAGCAGAUCUCCAGCCCACCUGGCGAGCUGGGCAAGGUAGAGCCCCAUUCACUGAGCGCUUGGCACCAAGAGCGACCCAGAGGAACGGGCCUCUCUGUGUUUCCCAUGGAUCUCUGUCACAUUGAGCUUCGUGAUUGCUAGCAGCUGUGUGCUCUCUGAGCCCCACAAACAGCAAGGAUAUGGCAGGACUUGGGGAAGUGAGGAAGCAUAAGUUAUCGACAGUGUUGAGCUCUUGUUGUGAGGGGUGGGGUCUGUGGAAGCUCAGUCAGUCUCUCUGUGAUCUAUCCCACUUGCCCACGGGUGGCGCUGCGUCCUGUUAUGUGCCCCGUGUUCACAUUGGUCAAUUGCGUAUGUCCCUGUACCGUGCAAAUCUUAUCGCUGCUUCUCCGGCAGAAAUCUGCCUAACCAGUAGCCCCGCACUUUACACAGUAGACACUAGGAUUUACAAAUGGGCUAACCUCUUCUGCCCAGGGAAACACACACCCGAUUUCAUCUCACCUGGCUAGCAGGGCCCUGCCCUCGGAGCCUUCGGCCCGUGCUUUUGUCCAACUGCGGCCCUGAUAGCUCGGGGUGCCGCGAGCAUCCCUGGGAGGCUCAUGCCCAAUCUGGUGAUGGUUAGCUAUGAUAAAUCCCCUUAGAGGAUGGCAUGCACUUUUCGUGAUUCACUUUGCUCUCAGGUCUGCAGAGAUCAGAGUCCAGGGAACGAAAACAAACGACGCUCAUGUCGCUAGGUGUUAUUUUUCUUGAAGACCACAAAAUCAAACUUCACACAUCAUAUGUGUGCCGAGGCCAGACCCUGGGGGCCUGAGAGGGAUGCGAACUCUUGGUCUGAUCAGUUGGUGGCCAGGCGAGUGGGAGCCCUUUACCCAGAUGAAGUCAGGAGGGCCCACUUAGGGGUGUGAAGGGCAGCGAGAAUUAGGUCCAUUGUUAAGCUUAGUUGCUGCCGUCUGUCUUGUAGGCACAUAGUAGGACAAGUUCUGAGGUCACAGGAUAAAUGCCCUGCCAGUGAGCAGAAAACAUGCAAGAGCCGCUGCAUUCGGUGGCUGCCGUUUACUGAUGAAGCACAAAGAGGAGAGAGAAGGUUGUACUGGAUGCUGCCAGCCAGUCCUGGUCCUCCCACCACUCCUGCCAAAGGUGUAAAGAUGCCAUUAAAUGUUUACUUUCUUCCAGAAGAUGUUCUCCAAGAUCUACAAAUCACCGCUUGCAAAUGGCUGUUCUUAGGGACGUUCUCGGGGUGGUGGGGGUGCGUAAAAGCGUGCGGCAGUUUAAUACAAGCCCGGCUUCUGUGAGUGGGACUCGUAGAACUCCAGCCUUUGCCCCCCCACACCCAACUUUUAAAUAAAUAAUUAGAAAAUUCACAAAGUAUUUAACCAUCACCCUAACUGAUUCCAGAGUUAAGCUUUUUAAAAAGUAAUAAAAAAUCAUGUAGAGACUUGGAAACCAGGGAUGGGGGAGUUCCCAGCCCCACUCCCAUCCAUGACUGUGUCCCCACACAGGACAGAUGGAGGUUUCUAGUCCAAGCAGGGAGAAAGAGAGAACCAUAACCUUCCUUGAUUCUUGUAUUUUAAUGGCCUGCUCCCUUACCUGGAGGCAUCAGACUCCCUCUGUCUACACUUCGAAGCAAGCUGGGCCGUGCGCGUCCCCCAUUGUCGUUUGUCAAUAUUUCCCCAUGGCACCUACAACAUGUCAGGGCCUGGGGUGGCUCUGAGUGCUGCUAGUAGUUUAUAGAAACAGUAUGAAUCCAGUCUUGGAGGCUUAGUUAGGUCUCCAGGGGAACCCAGGGAGAGCAGGCUUGUUCUCACGCCGGCACACACCCCACCCCUGCACAGCCUAGCAGGACUCUCUUGAUAGACACUCUCAGACCCCUGAGGGAGUAGAGAGGGAAGUUAGAGCCAGCACACUCCACGCCCUUCAGUCUGAGCUUUGGGUAGAAUCUGUCAGAAAUGGGCACUGUCCUGAACUAAUGGAGUGGGGGCAGGGGACACGGGGCACCCAAAUCAUCAUGGACUCCUAAAGAAUUCAUUGAAUUCCAUUGGCUCCAACUAAUUCUCAAAUCGCUGUCUUUACCUGGGUAUGCCCAGCCCAGAUGACGCCCUUGCUUUGGUCUUAUGGAAGGUUCAUGAAGCGUUUUAUUUUUUUAGGAAGAUUGCCGAGUUCAAGGAGACUUUGAUCGGGCAGUGCAUUAUUCUCUUAAGGGCUAUAACCCCGCUUUUGCUCUCUUGAACACACCGCGUCCACACUGAAGAAAUGAAUUGUAUAAAUACACAACUAGAGACAAUGGCACAACUGUGACUUACCUUGGGACUGGGACUGAUUCCCAAUUGAGUCAGCCAGUCUUGUUUUGCACUUUACGUCGGUAAUAAACAUCUCACGUAUUUCUCGGGGGGAGGGAACUAUUUGGGAUAGCUCCUUUAAGGGACACUGGCGAGGCAUUCCAGAUGCUGGACUCUGGAUCUUUGGUGACAUUAUCACGAUCGAUCACCAGUGUCGUGAUUACCGAGGACAAACAGAACUUAAACGCUUUAAGGAUGGCAAAUAUGAAAAAUGGUCCCUCUGUGGGUUUUGAAUUUUUUUUUGAGCUCAUAUUUUGUAUAUGAUUAAUCUGGAACAAUCCCCCCCCAAAAAAAAAUUGACGUAUCAAUGAAAGUACUCUCACUGAUUUUUUUUUUUUUUUUUUUUUUUACUGUGAAUACAGCAGCCCCCAUCCCAAGCUCCUGGUUUGUGGAUUAGUAGUGUUCAGGUCUCCUGUCGGCUGCCGUCAUUCACAUUAACACCCUGGCACUCUUGUUUUUUUACUGAAGGAUUGCCCUCUGUGUGUACUAACUGCCCUGCCUCUGACAGCAGGCUUCAAUACAGGUCGGAAUGAGCUGAGGGAGCUAGUUUGCCCCCCACACACACAAGCAACUAAUUACUUUUGUUCUUGGGGGUUGAAUUCGACAUGCCAAAUUAUUUUGUGUUGUAUGGGAAUGGAGAGUGUUGUUAUUUUGCUUUAGUGUUGAAUCCAGAUCUAAUGGUUUGGUUUUGGAAGAACACGUAUGCUUAUUGAGAAGAAUGAGUGUGGUUUAACAACCUAACUUGCAUGUUUCCUUACUUUUGACCUUGGGCUGGGGAAAUGACUACAGGUUUAUGUGAAGCUAGCAGGUAAUUUUUAAGGGGUCUAAAUAGACAGAUUACAGAAAACAAUCAGAUUGGCCAGUUUGUAUCGAAAAUAAAGAGCUUUAAAAAAAUGUGUCAAUGACAGGAGCUGGGUAACUUGUUAGAAAUAAAGCAAAAAUUCCAUUUUCUGGCUGUGGAUUCGGUUCUCUGCUGAAAGAGGCCGGAAGAGGUGUGACACCUUGCGUGUUUGAGGGUGGUCUACAUGUUGCCCUUCCCGUAUAUUUAAAGCAUGUCUACUGUGUUUGUCCUAAAAGAAAUAUUUCAACUAAUUGUGCUCUGUGUUUAAGAUACGCUGGGGCCGUAGCAGCAACCCUGACAGUCAGGGUUGCUGAUCGUAACCUCCACUGCAGAAUUCCCGUCUUGUGGGAAUGCUACAUAGUCCCGUAUCUGCCGAAAAUUGUAAUUUCUCUGUAGAUCUUCCCUCAUGGUGAUGUCACCAAUGAAUUCAAAGCAGGUGCCAUUAUUUUUUAAACACUUGAUGUUUGCUUUGGUGUUGAAUAAAAGAACUAGAUUUCUUAAA